GCUUCUUUCUGCUAUGAGCACUGUCAUUGUACAGGUCACAACCAUGACACCAACAGUAAUACCAACAAUUCUAGUUGAGAGUCAGGCUCCCAGGAGGGAUGUCGUGUUCUUGCUGGAUGGAUCUGAUGGCACUAGGAGUGGAUUCCCAGCAAUGCGGGACUUUGUUCAAAGAGUAGUGGAGACACUCGGUGUGGAUGAGAACAAAGAUCGCGUGGCUGUGGUCCAGUACAGUAGAGAUCCAGCCGCCCAAUUCUAUCUGAACACAUACACAACAAAAGGAGAGAUUCUCAACACUGUAAGAGGUCUGAGACACAAAGGUGGGAGACCUCUCAACACUGGAGCAGCUCUCCAGUAUGUGAGAGACAAUGUCUUGACUGCCUUCUCCGGAAGUCGACGCACUGAAGGUGUUCCACAGUUACUGAUUCUGCUGAGUGGUGGAAGGUCCUUUGACAAUGUUGACACUCCAGCUUCUGCUCUGAAGGAGCUUGGGGUCUUGAUCUUUGGAAUUGGAACAAGGAGCUCUGAUAGCAGAGAAUUGCAGAGGAUAUCACAUGAUCCCAGUUACGCUCUGUCUGUCUCUGACUUCACUGACCUUCCAAACAUCCAGCAGCAACUUCUGUCCUCGGUGGAGUCAGUUGUUAUUGACGUUACGCCAGAAUCGACAACAGAUUUAGUUGAUCAUGACACCUCCAGAAAGGAUGUGGUAUUCCUUGUGGAUGGUUCUGAUGGCACAAGGAAUGGAUUCCCAGCAAUGCGUGAUUUUGUUCAGCGAGUAGUGGGGAAACUCAAUGUGGGAGGAGACAAAGACCGCGUUUCUGUUGUCCAGUACGGUAGAGAUCAAGAAGUUCAUUUCUAUCUGAACACAUACACCACAAAGGAGGACAUUCUUAACACUGUGAGAAGUCUGAGGCACAGAGGAGGUAGACCCCUUAACACUGGGGCAGCCCUCCAAUACGUAAGGGACAACGUCCUUACUGCCUCCUCUGGAAGCAGAAGCCAAGAGGGCGUCCCUCAGAUGCUGAUACUGCUGAGUGGGGGAAGGUCCAGUGAUAAUGUUGACAUACCAGCUUCUGCCCUGAAAGACAGUGGGGUCUUGAUCUUUGGGAUUGGAACCAGAAAUUCCAGCAGAGAGGUUCAAGGGAUUGCCACUGAUCCUAGUUUUUCCCAGUCUGUUUCUGAAUUCACUGACCUCCCCAGCAUCCAGGAGCAGUUUUUCUCCACACUCAUAACUGUACAAGUUGAGGCCACACCCAAAACCCCAACAGUCAUAGUGGACCAAAGCAUUGCCAGAAAGGAUGUAGUAUUCCUGCUGGAUGGUUCUGAUGGCACUAGGAAUGGCUUUCCAGCAAUGCGUGACUUUGUUCAAAGAGUGGUAGAGAAACUCACUGUGGAGGAGAACAGAGAUCGAGUCUCUGUGGUCCAGUAUAGCAAAGAAUCAGAGGCCCACUUCUAUUUGAACACUUACACAACAAAGGAAGACGUUGUGGACACCGUAAGAGGCCUGAGGCACAAAGGAGGGAGACCCCUCAACACUGGGGCAGCUCUCCAGUAUGUCAGGGACAAUGUCUUUAUUGCCUCCUCCGGAAGUAGGCGCCUUGAAGGUGUUCCACAGAUUCUGAUACUGCUGAAUGGUGGAAGGUCCUUUGACAAUGUAGAUACACCAGCGUCUGCUCUCAAGGAGCUUGGUGUCUUGGUGUUUGGAAUUGGAACAAGGAGCUCUGAUAGCAGAGAAUUACAAAAAAUAUCCUAUGACCCCAGUUAUGCUCUUUCCGUGUCUGAAUUUACUGACCUCCCCAACGUCCAACAGCAGCUUCUUUCUGCUAUGGGCACUGUCAUUGUACAGGUCACAACCAUGACACCAACAGUAAAACCAACAAUCCUAGUUGAGAGUCAGGCUCCCAGGAGGGAUGUCGUGUUCUUGCUGGAUGGAUCUGAUGGCACUAGGAGUGGAUUCCCAGCAAUGCGGGACUUUGUUCAAAGAGUAGUGGAGACACUCGGUGUGGAUGAGAACAAAGAUCGCGUGGCUGUGGUCCAGUACAGUAGAGAUCCAGCCGCCCAAUUCUAUCUGAACACAUACACAACAAAAGGAGAGAUUCUCAACACUGUAAGAGGUCUGAGACACAAAGGUGGGAGACCUCUCAACACUGGAGCAGCUCUCCAGUAUGUGAGAGACAAUGUCUUGACUGCCUCCUCCGGAAGUCGACGCACUGAAGGUGUUCCACAGUUACUGAUUCUGCUGAGUGGUGGAAGGUCCUUUGACAAUGUUGACACUCCAGCUUCUGCUCUGAAGGAGCUUGGGGUCUUGAUCUUUGGAAUUGGAACAAGGAGCUCUGAUAGCAGAGAAUUGCAGAGGAUAUCACAUGAUCCCAGUUACGCUCUGUCUGUCUCUGACUUCACUGACCUUCCAAACAUCCAGCAGCAACUUCUGUCCUCGGUGGAGUCAGUUGUUAUUGACGUUACGCCAGAAUCGACAACAGAUUUAGUUGAUCAUGACACCUCCAGAAAGGAUGUGGUAUUCCUUGUGGAUGGUUCUGAUGGCACAAGGAAUGGAUUCCCAGCAAUGCGUGAUUUUGUUCAGCGAGUAGUGGGGAAACUCAAUGUGGGAGGAGACAAAGACCGCAUUUCUGUUGUCCAGUACGGUAGAGAUCAAGAAGUUCAUUUCUAUCUGAACACAUACACCACAAAGGAGGACAUUCUUAACACUGUGAGAAGUCUGAGGCACAGAGGAGGUAGACCCCUUAACACUGGGGCAGCCCUCCAAUACGUAAGGGACAACGUCCUUACUGCCUCCUCUGGAAGCAGAAGCCAAGAGGGCGUCCCUCAGAUGCUGAUACUGCUGAGCGGGGGAAGGUCCAGUGAUAAUGUUGACAUACCAGCUUCUGCCCUGAAAGACAGCGGGGUCUUGAUCUUUGGCAUUGGAACCAGAAAUUCCAGCAGAGAGGUUCAAGGGAUUGCCACUGAUCCUAGUUUUUCCCAGUCUGUUUCUGAAUUCACUGACCUCCCCAGCAUCCAGGAGCAGUUUUUCUCCACACUCAUAACUGUACAAGUUGAGGCCACACCCAAAACCCCAACAGUCAUAGUGGACCAAAGCAUUGCCAGAAAGGAUGUAGUAUUCCUGCUGGAUGGUUCUGAUGGCACUAGGAAUGGCUUUCCAGCAAUGCGUGACUUUGUUCAAAGAGUGGUAGAGAAACUCACUGUGGAGGAGAACAGAGAUCGAGUCUCUGUGGUCCAGUAUAGCAAAGAAUCAGAGGCCCACUUCUAUUUGAACACUUACACAACAAAGGAAGACGUUGUGGACACCGUAAGAGGCCUGAGGCACAAAGGAGGGAGACCCCUCAACACUGGGGCAGCUCUCCAGUAUGUCAGGGACAAUGUCUUUAUUGCCUCCUCCGGAAGUAGGCGCCUUGAAGGUGUUCCACAGAUUCUGAUACUGCUGAAUGGUGGAAGGUCCUUUGACAAUGUAGAUACACCAGCGUCUGCUCUCAAGGAGCUUGGUGUCUUGGUGUUUGGAAUUGGAACAAGGAGCUCUGAUAGCAGAGAAUUACAAAAAAUAUCCUAUGACCCCAGUUAUGCUCUUUCCGUGUCUGAAUUUACUGACCUCCCCAACGUCCAACAGCAGCUUCUUUCUGCUAUGGGCACUGUCAUUGUACAGGUCACAACCAUGACACCAACAGUAAAACCAACAAUCCUAGUUGAGAGUCAGGCUCCCAGGAGGGAUGUCGUGUUCUUGCUGGAUGGAUCUGAUGGCACUAGGAGUGGAUUCCCAGCAAUGCGGGACUUUGUUCAAAGAGUAGUGGAGACACUCGGUGUGGAUGAGAACAAAGAUCGCGUGGCUGUGGUCCAGUACAGUAGAGAUCCAGCCGCCCAAUUCUAUCUGAACACAUACACAACAAAAGGAGAGAUUCUCAACACUGUAAGAGGUCUGAGACACAAAGGUGGGAGACCUCUCAACACUGGAGCAGCUCUCCAGUAUGUGAGAGACAAUGUCUUGACUGCCUCCUCCGGAAGUCGACGCACUGAAGGUGUUCCACAGUUACUGAUUCUGCUGAGUGGUGGAAGGUCCUUUGACAAUGUUGACACUCCAGCUUCUGCUCUGAAGGAGCUUGGGGUCUUGAUCUUUGGAAUUGGAACAAGGAGCUCUGAUAGCAGAGAAUUGCAGAGGAUAUCACAUGAUCCCAGUUACGCUCUGUCUGUCUCUGACUUCACUGACCUUCCAAACAUCCAGCAGCAACUUCUGUCCUCGGUGGAGUCAGUUGUUAUUGACGUUACGCCAGAAUCGACAACAGAUUUAGUUGAUCAUGACACCUCCAGAAAGGAUGUGGUAUUCCUUGUGGAUGGUUCUGAUGGCACAAGGAAUGGAUUCCCAGCAAUGCGUGAUUUUGUUCAGCGAGUAGUGGGGAAACUCAAUGUGGGAGGAGACAAAGACCGCAUUUCUGUUGUCCAGUACGGUAGAGAUCAAGAAGUUCAUUUCUAUCUGAACACAUACACCACAAAGGAGGACAUUCUUAACACUGUGAGAAGUCUGAGGCACAGAGGAGGUAGACCCCUUAACACUGGGGCAGCCCUCCAAUACGUAAGGGACAACGUCCUUACUGCCUCCUCUGGAAGCAGAAGCCAAGAGGGCGUCCCUCAGAUGCUGAUACUGCUGAGUGGGGAAGGUCCAGUGAUAAUGUUGACAUACCAGCUUCUGCCCUGAAAGACAGCGGGGUCUUGAUCUUUGGCAUUGGAACCAGAAAUUCCAGCAGAGAGGUUCAAGGGAUUGCCACUGAUCCUAGUUUUUCCCAGUCUGUUUCUGAAUUCACUGACCUCCCCAGCAUCCAGGAGCAGUUUUUCUCCACACUCAUAACUGUACAAGUUGAGGCCACACCCAAAACCCCAACAGUCAUAGUGGACCAAAGCAUUGCCAGAAAGGAUGUAGUAUUCCUGCUGGAUGGUUCUGAUGGCACUAGGAAUGGCUUUCCAGCAAUGCGUGACUUUGUUCAAAGAGUGGUAGAGAAACUCACUGUGGAGGAGAACAGAGAUCGAGUCUCUGUGGUCCAGUAUAGCAAAGAAUCAGAGGCCCACUUCUAUUUGAACACUUACACAACAAAGGAAGACGUUGUGGACACCGUAAGAGGCCUGAGGCACAAAGGAGGGAGACCCCUCAACACUGGGGCAGCUCUCCAGUAUGUCAGGGACAAUGUCUUUAUUGCCUCCUCCGGAAGUAGGCGCCUUGAAGGUGUUCCACAGAUUCUGAUACUGCUGAAUGGUGGAAGGUCCUUUGACAAUGUAGAUACACCAGCGUCUGCUCUCAAGGAGCUUGGUGUCUUGGUGUUUGGAAUUGGAACAAGGAGCUCUGAUAGCAGAGAAUUACAAAAAAUAUCCUAUGACCCCAGUUAUGCUCUUUCCGUGUCUGAAUUUACUGACCUCCCCAACGUCCAACAGCAGCUUCUUUCUGCUAUGGGCACUGUCAUUGUACAGGUCACAACCAUGACACCAACAGUAAAACCAACAAUCCUAGUUGAGAGUCAGGCUCCCAGGAGGGAUGUCGUGUUCUUGCUGGAUGGAUCUGAUGGCACUAGGAGUGGAUUCCCAGCAAUGCGGGACUUUGUUCAAAGAGUAGUGGAGACACUCGGUGUGGAUGAGAACAAAGAUCGCGUGGCUGUGGUCCAGUACAGUAGAGAUCCAGCCGCCCAAUUCUAUCUGAACACAUACACAACAAAAGGAGAGAUUCUCAACACUGUAAGAGGUCUGAGACACAAAGGUGGGAGACCUCUCAACACUGGAGCAGCUCUCCAGUAUGUGAGAGACAAUGUCUUGACUGCCUCCUCCGGAAGUCGACGCACUGAAGGUGUUCCACAGUUACUGAUUCUGCUGAGUGGUGGAAGGUCCUUUGACAAUGUUGACACUCCAGCUUCUGCUCUGAAGGAGCUUGGGGUCUUGAUCUUUGGAAUUGGAACAAGGAGCUCUGAUAGCAGAGAAUUGCAGAGGAUAUCACAUGAUCCCAGUUACGCUCUGUCUGUCUCUGACUUCACUGACCUUCCAAACAUCCAGCAGCAACUUCUGUCCUUGGUGGAGUCAGUUGUUAUUGACGUUACGCCAGAAUCGACAACAGAUUUAGUUGAUCAUGACACCUCCAGAAAGGAUGUGGUAUUCCUUGUGGAUGGUUCUGAUGGCACAAGGAAUGGAUUCCCAGCAAUGCGUGAUUUUGUUCAGCGAGUAGUGGGGAAACUCAAUGUGGGAGGAGACAAAGACCGCAUUUCUGUUGUCCAGUACGGUAGAGAUCAAGAAGUUCAUUUCUAUCUGAACACAUACACCACAAAGGAGGACAUUCUUAACACUGUGAGAAGUCUGAGGCACAGAGGAGGUAGACCCCUUAACA